AUGCAGGCAGCGAUCGCGGAACAUGUGGAAGUGCAAGACGGGGAGCCAACCGGGUACAUGGCAGGAAGGCUACCUUCCGACACCGUGUUUCCGCCUGAAAUCCUCAGUCAUAUCUUCCGUGUCUUGCACGGACACUUCGUAUACGAGGGGGAUUGCUUCGACGAUCCAUCAAUCGCGCUCACGAUGCAGAGUGUUUGUCGGUACUGGCGCGCGGUUUCUCUGGGGAUGCCCGAUCUGUGGGCGUGUACGAUGAAGGAACGCAAUGACGCAUGGGUGAAGACGCUGCUCGAGCGCGCGACGCCGUCGUUCGUGGAUAUCGACAUCAAAGCUCCGUACAAAGACGCUCCCUUUGGCGGUCCUUACCCUUGGCCCAGGGUUGUCGAGACUUUGCUUCCCUACACUGCAAAACUGCGAAACAUCCUCUAUGUGGGUUACGACGACCUUCCGGAUGGCAUGUCCGACUUCGACUUUCAUGACAUAUUCGUAUCCCCCGACUUUAAUCCGCGGGUGCUUCUUUUCAAGCUUCCUGAACCCAUAGGGCCGGGGUACCGGGGCAGGAUGAGAUUCGAUGGCCGUGUUUUUGCAGGAAAUCCACUGCGCAACUUGAGAUCUGUCACUUUGGUUGCGUGCAAAGUGUUCGGCCGUGACUCCGCCGUCUUUAACGCCCGUAAUCUGACCGUUCUCGUCCUUCGCCACUGCUACUUCGAAGACUGCACGCUCUCAGACAUCCUUCUGGCUGUCAGCGCGAUGCAUGACUUGAUCAUAUUCGAACUGGUCGCUGGUGCUCAUGAGCUAUCGCCACCGCCCAAUAUCAACUCGCAGAGCCCGGAUGACGUAUUGGACAUACCCACCGUAAGGACGCUCAAAGUCGAACUGCCUGCGGAAUAUGCCUUCUUUGCAUUUCAGGCGCUGAGGUUGGACCAUCGUUGCGCAAUCUCCGUUGUCCUGCUAGGGCCCGGUCGGGCGGAGCCAACCAUCUCCUAUCUGUGCGCCAAGCUCGACGCAACAUUCGGGAACCGCUUGAACAGCGUGCUGUCCUCGCCUCUUUCAGGCUUGCGCGCUGAAACCCUGUCAACCGGGUUUAUAGGCUCCGACGCGUCCGAGAUACAGUUCAUAAUCGAGACAAAGGACAUAUCUGCAGCUGACCCACGUCAACACGAGGCUGGUCCAUCGUUUGGCAUCAGUCUCGAGGAGCAAGAGCAAGGGAGCCACGAAGAGUUUCUGAAGGACGCACUUCGUCAUAUGAUCCGUAACUGGAGCGCGAUCAGCACAGUCACUACCGUUUGUGGCUCAAACAUGCGCAGCGACAUCUGGAAGGACGUGCUUACUGCCGCACGCAGUGUAGAACACAUUUAUUCGGAGGGGCCCCGCCCGGAUUUGGCGCAAACUUUGGAGACGCUCCUGAGCAACCCAUCACCGGAGCAUGCCAACGAGCCCGUGCUUUUCAACCUCACUACCGUGACCGUCGAUAGCCGCACUGAGGAUCUCGUUGUUGGCAGGACUGAAUUUUUCGCACUUCUGGCAGCCCUCGGAAGGCCGACCGAAUGCGAUGGCAGGGGUCCGAAAGAGCGCGAGUUGCGCUUCGUGUGCGAGUCUUCCAUUGGCAGGGAGCAACUUCCGAGCUUCAGGGUUCUUGUUGACUGCAGCGGUCAAGGGCGAUACAGGAACGCGCGGUGGUAG